UCGUGGCCUUAGAGAUAGGAAAUCUAGAGUAACUCACAGUCUAAACUUCCGGUAAAAAUCGAAAGCUGCCGUUGGGGAUUCUUUGCCUUUCUCUUAGCUCUAUGACCAAUAGGUAAGUCAGAGGAAAAAUUACAAAAAACUGACGGAAGCGUCAGUUGACAUAGUGACAUAGUUCAGCAUAGCGUAUUAGAAACCUACGGUUGGGGUGCUGCCAUAAAUAGUACUGUAUUUCAAAGGAAAUUGACUCGAAACCCUAAAGACACUUCCGGCUCCCCUUGGCAUAUGCGUGGGUCACCCAGUGCGAAGAGACGGCGCAAUAGGCAAUGCCAUAGAGACAUAAGUUAGAACGGCACCCCAACUCUGGCCUAGGUUGGUGCCACGCAUAUGGCGGCGCUUGGGCUGAAGCUGAACGCGAACUCUCUUCGUGACCUCUCCUUUUUCUCUUUCUCUAUCCGUUUUAGUAUCCUGCGGAGCGAAGGCGCUCGUUGAUGACGACACCAAGGGCGCCCGGUGCAUGACGUACUUUUUGUGAGACUGAAAGAGGGAACGUGAGGAGUUCGUUUGUGCGGCGGAGGAGUGGAAGAAAGAAAAAGAAGGUGAGGAGGGAAUGAAGGGAAGGAGGGAGGAAGAGGUUAACCGGGGAGCAACCAAAAAAGGAGCCCUGGCCUUUGGUUUCCUAAGGGGUAAAGUGUAAGGUUUGGGGGCGGGCAGAGAGAGAGAGAGAGAGAGAGAGAGAGAGACGCUUCAGUAUUGCUGCAAACCUAACCCCGUUUACCUAGGAGUAAGCACCAUGGAAGUCAACAGGACUUCCUCCUGCGCAAACGCGGUGAGGAUUGCGCUGUAGAUUGAGAUUUCGCGGUGGUUGCAGAAAAGGUGGAGAAGGGUGGAGAGGUUUGUCUGUCUGUCUGUCUGUCUGUCUGUUUGCUGCAUCACUUGUGCUGCCUUUCCCCUGAGAAGCUCAGGGUCCCGUGAGGGAGGUCAAGCUCAGUGAUAACCACUAUCCUCAAAUCGUCCAGUAACUUGGUUGCUUAGCAGACAUCUGAAUCUUGGUCUCCCCAGUCACUACACUACAGUGGCUCUCGGAUUAGAUGGGUUUGGCCUAUCCUGGUGGUGGUAGCAAUAAUAAUAAUAAAAAUAAUAAUAAGAAAUAAUACAGUAGAAAUAACAAAAAUAUUACUCUCUUCCAUACUCUUAUCGGUUGGGAAUACAUCAUGGCUCUUCCUUCUAGUUGAAUCUUUUUCUGUUUGGACAGUAUCUUGUUUUUCAUUUGGGUUCUGCAUAGUCAUGGAACACAUAUUUCUUCCAUUGAGGACACUUCUGGCACUUUUUAUUGCUAUAGCUACACUGCCUCUUCUGUCUGUAUCCUGUGUUUGAGAAUGUAUACUUUGUUAACAGAUUAUAAGCAUUUCAUUGUGUAUCUAACGUAUGUCACAAUAAAUUUAUUAGCCUUUUAGAUGCUGCAGUAGGCUUCCAAGAUUAUGCUAAUUCCUGCAAAGUAGGUUUACAUUGGCAGAUGAGAACUCUGAGAUGGAUCUUUUCUUAAAGCAACCACACAAGUUCACAUUAGAGCUGAGACUUGAAACUAAGACUUCCUGGCGUGUGCUUCCUUUGCCACAGGACUUGCUCUCUGUUUGAUGGGGUACUAAAUAAGGAUGCAGUCCUAGUUACCUGGAAUUAAGCCCUAUUGAACCCAGUAGGACUCACGGUACUUCUGCAUAGGCAUGGUUAAUUUUUCACUGUAAGGGUUUCUGAAACCAGAGAGAAGCCUGUCCUUGUAGUGGUGGAAUAUGGGCAAAGGCGAUGUAGCCCUUAGAGUAACAGAAAUUAGAAACUUGGAUGUUUGGGUUGAGAUACCUGGAGGGAAGAAUUUUGGUGACUGACAUGGUACCUCAGUAUUUAUGCUUAUUGUGAAAUGAUGCUGAAAUCUGAUUCAGAUUUUUUUAAAAAAAUCUCUAUAAGGCAAAAGAUGGGUGAAUUGGAAACUGAAGAGCUAACUCGAGGUCUCUUAAAUUGAAAGGGGUUCCGAUGGAGCACCUGUAUUUGUGGAAAGGGAGAGAUGUUUUUGGAGAGGGGACUAAGAAUAGGACACAUUUCAACUGAGGGGCACAGUGGAUCUGGAUCUUGUGUUGAUGGGUGUCUAGCAACUGUGUGUGGCUUUCUGGAGGUUGCUGCUACCUCAUAAGUGUUGUACAGUGGUACCUCAGGUUAAGUACUUAAUUCGUUCCAGAGGUCCAUACUUAACCUGAAACUGUUCUUAACCUGAAGCACUACUUUAGCUAAUGGGGCCUCCUGCUUCUGCCACACCACCGGAGCACGAUUUCUGUUCUCAUCCUGAAGCAAAGUUCUUAACCUGAAGCACUAUUUCUGGGUUAACAGAGUCUAUAACCUGAAGCGUAUGUAACCCGAGGUACCACUGUAUUAGAUCAGUGUGGUGGCCUCCAGCAGUCUGUUGGACCUCACCUGCCUUCAGCCCCAGCCAGCUUCGCUAAUGAGUGGGAAUGAUUGGAGUUACAGUUUACAACCUUUGGAGGGCACUGUGUUGGCUACCCUUGGGUUAGAUAGUGGUUAGAAUUUCUCCUGGUCUAGUACUGCAGGAAAUAACAGAUCAAUAAGACUCUGGAUAUUUAUGUCACUUAUUAUGGUUUUCUCCUGUGUUCCUCCCUUUUUCUCCUUUGCAGCCUGAUCCAUCAUGUCUUUGGCAGAUGAGCUUUUGGCUGACCUCGAAGAGGCAGCAGAAGAGGAGGAUGGCAGCUUUGCAGAUGAAGAGGACGAGCCUCCCAUUGAGGAUGUCCAGGAGGAAAUGCAAGUGGAUCUGGCAACUGAUUCAGUCAAGAGUAUUGCCAAGCUCUGGGACAGUAAGACGGUGAGAGAAAAUGAGCUUGGCUGCCGGGCCAAUAUGUAUAGAAGCGAUGGUUUUCAAAAUAGUGUUCAACCUGGGGUCCAAUGGUUCUAUAAACUGUCUUUUCCUUUUUGGGUGUAGUCUGGGGAAGUUAACCCUUUAAAGGUACCCUCUUCAAAAAGUAAGACUCAACUUUUUGUUUUUUCUCUUGUGCAGUUUGCUGAAAUCCUGCUGAAGAUUGAGGAAUACAUCAGCAAACAGCCCAAAGCAUCUGAAGGUACUGAGAGUCUCUGGCUGAGAUUUCCUUUGGAAAAGAGGUCACCCAGCAGAUGUGUAUGCACACAUCACCCAAUCUGAUUCCUGCAGUAUAGAGUCUGCUACAGGACUUCCUUGUCCUGCAGUACAGAGCUAAUGUACCCAUAUGUCCAUCUCCGUCACCUUAUAGUGAGGUGCCCUGUAUGGAUUUUGACUUUGCAUGUUCAUUUCUUACUAGUUCUAGGUCCAGUAGAGGCUGCUCCCGAAUACAGAGUCAUUGUGGAUGCCAAUAACCUCACAGUGGAGAUUGAGAACGAGCUAAGUAAGUGCAAACCUUAGCCACUUGUUUGGGGUGAGGGAGGUUGAGAAGGCUUUGAAAACAAUACAGUAGCUGCUACCCUGUGAGGGUGGCAGAUGAUGAGUUAGAGAAGUAGUGAGAUUGGGAAAGGCUGGCUUCAUUGGAGCAAGGGGUGCGAUCUAGUAAAUAGAAGGGCACAUACUGGCCAGACAAACCAUCACAGGAGUUUUGGGAUGCAAAGGACAUUUGUGUGUUGGUGUCACAGUAGAACAGGGACUGUUUUGAUAAGAGCACUUUCUUUCUUGGGCAGGAGAAAAAGUUCAGGCUGGCCAAUCUCUGAAUAGGCUAUACGGCUCAGCAUUAAAAUGUCUCUGAGCUAGUAUAUUCUGGGAGGCCUACUUUUAUUCUCACUAGUGUUAUGGCGCUCUGCGUUUCUGUCUGUUUCGUAAAAGGUCGUCUUUGCCUUUCUCUUUUCAGAUAUUAUUCACAAGUUCAUUCGAGACAAGUACUCCAAGCGGUUUCCUGAACUAGAAUCCCUUGUUCCAAAUGCACUGGACUACAUCCGGACUGUCAAGGUAUUGUGUCUGUCUGUGUCUUGAACUUCACAAAGUCAGUUCUUUACAUUUGCAUCGAUGACUAGCCCAACCCUCAUAUAACUUUUGGCACUUAUUUAGUGGAAGUGCUCUAUGUUCAAAUGGCUAUUAAGACUGUAACUCAGAUAAUACAUACUGUAGUUUUCCGUGUAUAAGACAACCUUUUUUAAUUCAAAAAUUAAGUUAAAAAUUGGGGGUCUUAUACACGGAUUGUGCAUAGGGGGGAUGGGGGAUUGAUUGCUGCCGUGAGCUGGAGAUUGUCUGCGGGUAUUUUUCGUGUUAUUGGUGGCUGUGGCAAUGGCUGUUGUUGAUUGGCUGCCACUGCGGCACUAGGGUGGGCUAUUGGCAGCUUUUGCCAGCGCGGGGACAGACGAUAGUGGCUUGUAUGAUGCAUGCGAGUGGCAGCGUAGGUUAUGUGGGCGAGCAAUUUUUGACAAUUCUCCCGUAAAAAAGCUCAACAACUCAGGGCAGUUUCUGCCCAUUUUCUCAAUUUUGCGUCCCCCAAAAUAGGGGGUGUCUUAUACACGGGGGCGUGUUAUACACGGAAAAAUGUGGUAAAUAAACACACGGUAAUACCGACUAUUCACAAAACCACGGUGACUGAAAAUCUCUUGAGUAUUCUUCAGGUCCACAGUUAAUUCAUGGUUUUAAUAUGCCAUAAUCAAUCUUGAACCUAAAAGGUGUGGUGGGUAGAGCUAGCAGAUGAGCUGUGUUCAAAUAUUUAUCCUGCUGGGAAGUUCACAUGGCUGCUUUUGAGAAGUUGUUAUUGCUCAGUCUUAAACUAGCUUCCAGGUUAGGAAAAAUGAGGAUUGUGUGUGUGGAGGGCUGGGGGAAGAUCCCCAAAUAUUCCACCCUUGGAGGAAAAGAAUAUUCAUGUGGUCCACAAAUCGUUCCUAGAAUUGCUGACGCAAAUUAGAACUGACCCACGAACAGCUUUGGUCCUUCUCAGUAACGAACAAAACCUGGAUCUGAGACCAGAAUUCUCUAAAUAAGUUUGGGAUUUCAGUUAAACAUGAUUACAGUGCCUCCCACCUGUGCUUUUCAGGGAUGUGCUUUCUGUCUUCUUCAAUGGCUAACUUCUGUUUUAAAACAUUUGAACCUUGCAGGAACUAGGAAACAGCUUGGACAAAUGCAAGAACAAUGAGAAUCUUCAACAAAUCCUCACCAACGCCACAAUCAUGGUGGUCAGUGUCACCGCAUCCACUACUCAGGGGUAAGGCUCUGCACAGGAAAAAGAGGAGGUUUUGGGGAGGGUAUGGGAGAUUGGUGGGCAUCUGGACUGGGAGAGGGAUAUAGACUGAAUUUGCAAAUGGUGCUGAAGGGUGUAAGGUGGACUGUACCAUUCCAGGCUGCAGGUGGGGGAAUUACUUUCCAAAAUUUCCUGUAAGAAGAAUACUCCUAUGUUGAAUGGAGAGUGUCUAGCUUAGCCCUUUCCCCCUUGAUGUGCUAGUGCUUUUUCCUCCCUUUACAGAUUUCUCUUGAUAUAUAGGGGAACAUUGAAAAAUAAUAUCUCAUCUCUGGCAGUAUGGAGUACUACAGUCUACUGUACCACUUGUUCCACCGUCUAUAGAGCAGGCCCAGAAUCAUGGCAGUUUUCCCUUUAUGGGAGUUUAGCAAACAGAAUAGAUUUCGGAUGAGAGAGUGUGGCUUUUAGGUCACUGCUUGGUUGUCAAGAGAGUGGCCUUCAGACAAUUACGGUCUGUCUUCUCACAUGAAGAGACAGGAGGCACCCGCCAGAUCACAUGAUAAAUGGUAUGAGUUAACUUAUUGAUGACUCACGGCUUACAUAUGCUGGUGGAGAGAGAGUGUGGGGUUGCAGAUCAAAAUACACAAGAGGGACCUGCAGCAAAACAUUGCAGUUCGAAUUGCUCCCAUUCAGGUUUCCAGCCAUCUGUUCCCCAUCCUCAACUGUUAGCCAGCAUUCCAUGACCACUGAGCAUGCUCAGUCUUUAUAGGGCUGGUUUUGGGGCUCCCCUGCCUUUGGGCUUUCCAACAAUUUUGCUGUAUGACUGCAAACUGGGGGGCUCUCAACAUCUACAGAUAUCUCCCAUUUUGUGUAUGUGGAUUGUGCCAUUUUUGGCUACGUAAGGAUCCAUGCUCAGAGAUAGAAUAUUAACAUAUAGGGUGGUCCUGAGAGCUUUGAAACAAAUGCCACACUCUUGGCAUGGAGUGAUGGUGCAGAUAUAGUGAACCAGACCUGGUGACCUAGGUAUCUCGGCCUCAAGCGUUGCCUCUCUCCUGCUGCAGGCAACAGUUAACUGAGGAAGAAUUGGAGCGCAUUGAGGAGGCCUGCGACAUGGCCCUGGAGCUGAACCAGUCUAAACACCGCAUCUACGAGUAUGUGGAGUCCCGCAUGUCCUUCAUCGCCCCCAACUUGUCCAUCAUUGUGGGAGCCUCCACUGCUGCUAAAAUAAUGGGUGAGACUCUCAGUGGAGCUCUGUGGGCUUGGGUCCUUGCGUAUCAGAAUAUGGAAACUUGGGAUUGUAUCAGAAUUGGAGCAGAUUCAUUGAAAUUGAUGGAUGUGACUAGCUUAAGUCCUUUAAUGUAAAUGGGUCUAUUCUAGUGUAAUUUAGUUGGAUGUAUAAGUAAGUCUGUCAUUGGCAGAGAGGGACACAAAGGUCCCUAGUCUCCAAAAGGAAUGUAAAGCCUUCCCUCUGAAAGGGUCAAACACCCAUCCCGAUUGAAUGCUAUGGGGAAAUUAUUUAAUUUUUACAAUUCAUCUUUCCAAAUCCAAAGACUGCCGAAGUAUUUCACAAAAGAACAGUGGAGCGUUCAUGUAAAAAAUUAUAAACUUGAAGCCAUGAAUUAAACGGUCCAAGAAAUCUAGCAGCAUCUGUCAUGUUGUUCAUGUAUGAUCAGUUCUGGCAGGUCUCUGUGGCCAGGAAGAGAAAGAGCUCUUCUUGCACACAAAGAGAAGAACUUUGUUCACAAAUCCCAAUAGGCCAGGGAGAAGCCAUGGGGUUUGGCUGAUCAAAAACCCCGAACCACCUUGGCCCUUGGUCCCACAACUAGCAUUCAUUCUAUAUUGCCUUCCCUUCUCUCAAGGCAUUGCCGGUGGCCUCACAAACCUCUCCAAGAUGCCAGCCUGCAACAUCAUGCUUCUGGGGGCCCAGAGGAAGACUCUGUCUGGAUUUUCCAGCACUUCGGUGCUGCCUCACACUGGCUACAUCUAUCACAGCGACAUUGUACAGUCGUUGCCUCCGGUAGGGGUGUGUGUGUGUGUGUGUGUGUGUGUCUGUGUGUCUGUGUGUCUGUGUGUCUGUGUGUGCCCCUCCUCCUUUUUCUGUUAAGUUGGUGCACGAGUUUCCUAACAGCAACCAGCCAACAUGUGCCUUUGAUUCCCUCCUUGCAGGACUUGCGAAGGAAGGCAGCUCGCUUGGUAUCAGCAAAAUGCACGCUGGCAGCGCGUGUAGACAGCUUUCACGAGAGCUCUGAAGGGAAGGUAUGUGGUACAAGGCAAAAGCUCCGGGAUCCUGGGGGAGUGGCUGGUGUGAGAGGCAUAAAGGAGGGUCCCAAGGGGGUGGCUGCUUUGUAAGCACUUUUUGCUCUUUUAUCCUUCUGCUACCAUUCAGGUUGGCUAUGACCUCAAGGAGGAAAUUGAAAGGAAAUUUGACAAGUGGCAGGAGCCACCUCCUGUCAAGCAAGUGAAGCCACUGCCAGCACCCUUGGAUGGACAAAGGAAGAAACGUGGAGGACGCAGGUGCGGGGGAGAGAAUUGAAGAGAUGUCUUGCGGCAGGGGCAGGGUGGGAGUCAGACCUGGCUGAGCUGGCUGAGGCAGCUAGGAGGGUGGUGUUAAGCGUGCUAGGAAAUAAGUACAGUUGUACCUCGGAAGUCAAACAGAAUCUGUUCUGGAAGUCCGUUCGAUUUCCAAAACAUUCAGAAACCAAAGUGUGGCUUCUGAUUGGCUGCAGGAGUAUAAGAAAGUUUCGACUUCCACAUUAAUGGAGGUAGGAGAGGGUCAGGUCAGGUUGUAUCAGAAUUCCGUAAACUUGAGUGUCUCAUUGAGAUGAACCCAGGAAUCCUGGCAUUUCAGCCCUCCGUCUCCUGUCUGAAUUUGUUUUUAUGCCAAACACUGCUUUCAUUCUUGGCAGCAGCACUCUGUCCUGGCAUCAUUCAGUUCUCAGCUGUCAAUCUUAAAAGUGCUUUUCCUUGCUCCUUCAGAUAUCGCAAGAUGAAGGAGCGUCUCGGUCUAACGGAAAUCCGGAAGCAGGCAAACAGGAUGAGCUUUGGAGAGGUAAGGAGUCCUGCAUAGUCUCCUUGUGUAGGAUUUCUCUGGGUCUUUGGGUGUUGGCUGUCUAAUCCCUCAGGAGGGCAGGAGUAGAAACCAGGAGUUUCGGACUCAGUUCAGACUCUGUUCCCCAACUGUGCCUUUUUAACUGGUACAGUGGAAUGGGGGAAGUAACAGAAAUCUUUUGCAGGGCAGGGAUCUCCAGGUUGAUUUACAUUUUAUGUAAAAUAAGCACUUCCAAGUAAAACAAAGCAUUAAACUUGACAAGCCAUAUGUGCAUUUUGCUGUGUACAGAAGCUGCACGUCUGCCCACAUCUAUAUGCAGGAAUAUUUAAGUUUGGGUGGCGGUUAUGUGUUAUAUGGCCCCUCUGCUUCGGAUGUACUUGCAUGUGACCCAACCCAGGCCAUUUCAGGGAGGCUCACCUUGGCACACAAUUACCUUUGUGGCCAGGGAGAGUCGCUCUCGUGUAGUGAUCAGAGUGCUGGACUCAGGCCAGGAUUCAAAUCCUCGCUCAGUCAUAAAGUGCAUCAGAUGACCUUGUGCCAAUCACCCUACAACAGGCUACUUGUGGGAAUAAAGUGAUGAUGGAGGGAGGGAACCAUUUAUGUCAACUUUACUACCUUGGAAGAAAGUUUGGAUAUAAAUAUAGGGACCAAUUUGCCUCUUCCUAGAUUGCAGGAUUAGUGGUGGGGUUGUCUUUUGGAUCUAUAGGCUAAAAAUAAAAAAGGAAAUUUACUUUUUACUUUACUGAGCCACUUGGGCAAAAAUUUUUUUUAAAAAAAAUACAAAAGGGAAGGGGUUGCAUUCUCAUUGAAACUGUCAACUUGGUCAUUGGUCCUGUACUAUCUAAUCCAAACUUGGCCUUUUCUUCUCUGUGCUACGCUUCUUCUCUCCACACCUUUGCUAGAUUGAAGAAGAUGCUUACCAGGAAGACCUUGGUUUCAGUCUGGGCCACCUGGGGAAGUCAGGCAGCGGCCGAGUCCGGCAGACGCAAGUCAACGAGGCCACGAAGGCCCGCAUCUCAAAGACGCUGCAAGUAAGGAAAUGGGGACUGGAUGUGGUGUGUCGGGAGCUGUAAAUCAUCUUAUGACUGGGUCCAUCAAGGCUGUAUUUCAAAGCCUCUGGACCUGGGCAGGGGCUGUUCGUUCCUGAAGGCAGCAUCACAUUGUCCUCUUGAGGUUUCGGCAAACAACUACACUGAGCAACAAGAUCAGAGCUCUUACUGCAGUGUAAUUAUGCCGAGCAUGUAUGUCCUAUUGUUACUCAGAGCGCUCAGAAAAUACUCCCAGGCCAACAAGCUCCGUGUGGAGCAGCCCUUGAGAGCUUCAGCAGGCACAGAAUUAGACUAAUUCUAUGGUCACAUUGCUGGCCAUUAGUCUCUGAUAAGGGUAGGCAAUUUCCCUGUUCCAAGUGGCUUUUUAACGUUGAGGUGAAGGGCACCACACUAGGUUUUCUCUGUGAUUGGAGAAAGAAUGUGCCAGGGCUACUGGAGCAGCUACCGAGCCAGGGAGGGCAGGAUAUGAGUGUUACAUGCGUUUGACAUGCCUUUUGGUACUAGGGAAGGUAACAAAUGAAGGUCGUGCCUUUGGACAGCCAGCCAUUUGGUUGUUCCCCUGCCCCGUGCUUUAGCAUCACUUCCCUCUCUUUUCACUGCCUCCUCUAUGAAAGGCCUAACACCCGUGCCUUUUUGCAUUUGUCCUCCCAACCAGCGCACUCUCCAGAAGCAGAGCAUGGUGUAUGGAGGGAAGUCCACCAUCCGGGACCGCUCCUCGGGCACUGCGUCCAGCGUGGCCUUCACUCCGCUGCAGGUAAGCACCACGCUUGGCUCUGCAUUCCUUGAAUUACCUGUAAGUGGCACUGAUGGGGGCUGAGUGUACAAAGAGCUGGGUGUGCUGGGCUCUAGGAGUUUUGAAGAACUGAGUGUGUGCCUGGCAAGGAUGCUGAGAAGUCCAAUGGAUGAAAGAAGAACCUUUGUGGGGAAUGCUGUUGUGCUCAUGUCCUGCUUGUGACUUCCCAGAGGAGCAUCAGGAUGGCUACACUGGGAAAAGGAUGUUGGGCUAUGUUUCUUUCCUCUGAUCCAGCAGGGUUUUUUGGUUCUUAAAUACCUUUUUGUUUGCUGUAGCUUUUUUUAAAAAAUGAGGCUUAUAGAAUGCUAUAAUACAUUUUUCUUGGCUGAAACCCUAAUAACUCUCUGUCUCCCCACCCUCACUGUUCUGCUUGCAGCACUUGAGGAGGAAAGAUUAUAAGCUCAUGUGUGCAAUAUCGGCUGUUGUUAUUGUAUAAUAAUAACAACAACAUUAGGGGGUUUUUUCGCACUAAGGUGUCUCAGUAAAAACAGAAAGGGCCAGGACUUUAAAGCCAGAUAUAAAAACAGCAAUACAGAAAAAAUUAAAUACAGUACUGUAAAUUUAUUUCAAGGAAGAAAUCGUACCCACCGCAUGGAUGAGUGCAAAAAUGGCCCUGGACAUAGCUAACUACCCUCCCAGUGAAAAACUGAAGGCUGGGUAAAUAACAAUGUCUUUUGCCUUGCACUUAAAAUACAACAAUGAUGCUAGGCAGGUUUCUCUUGGGAAAGUGUUUCACCAACUAGGAGCGCACCAAGCAAUUUCUUCUGUCCAAGGCAUAGAAGCUGGAGUGGGCAUGUGUUGUCGUAAUUCAGUGCCUCUCCUACUUUCUAAAGAUGGCAAGAUCUCUGGACUCCGUAUUUUUUAAAAAUAGCCUCCCUCUCUCACAUUCACCUCCCCCCUCCUCUUGUUUCCAGGGUCUGGAGAUUGUGAACCCUCAGGCGGCUGAGAAGAAGGUAGCCGAAGCAAACCAGAAGUACUUCUCCAGCAUGGCUGAAUUCUUGAAGGUGAAGAGCGAGAAAAGUGGCAUCAUGUCCACCACAUAGCCCUCUUGCCACGGACGCUGUCCCUCCCCUUUGACUAGCAGUUUGAACCAUGAACCACAUUCAAGAAGAGGAGCCUUUGCACAGAAAACAGGCCUUUGUUGAAGUUCCAAAGGCGGCCUGGCAUUCAGAACUUUCCAUUCUCCCGGGCCCAAGUGGUACCUUGUGGUUCUCUCCCUACCCUGCUUUUCUUUCUUGAGAAACGUCAUUGUCAGGGAGCCUAGUAUUCUGGCGGGGGGGGGGGUGUGUGCGGCAGGGGGAAGCAUGCAGUAGAGGAGAUUGAGUUCUCUUCCCUGGUCUCAUGCAGUAUUCAGAAGCAGGCUACUGAAGGUGUGAGCUGUUUAUAACGGCAUGGCGUGGUUAGCUUAAAGGAGUAACUUGAAUGAACUUACAACAUCCCAACCAUGGCUUUAGAUCAUCCUGGGUACGAUCCUCUUCACCGUUAGCCCAAGUUUUAAAUGAAACUGAGGUUGUAAAAAUACCAGCAUGAAUACAAGUAAUGCUUUGGGAUAGUACCAGAGCGCUUCUCCCUUGCUGUGUUGGUUUAGGAGUUACUAACCCUUUGUCCUGUUUCACGAUCUGGAACUAAACAACAGAUUUACUGGUUAUAGUGACGGUAUCUCUCUCCCCAUACAAGUAGAUUCAUGUUUGUCCUGUAAAAGGACUGUGCUGUGUGUGUGCUGUCAUUUGGCAGGAACUGAAUUUCAAAAUGCUCUAUGCUCAUGUUCUACGGAAGGUUAUAUCUAUGUAUGAAUGUGCUAGGGUGGUAGAAUAAAUAGCUUUGCAGUUACAUGGAACUGUGAGUGCAGGACUGGCAAUUUUGGGGGAUCUGAAGGUAACUGAUUCCAUUUCUUACUGUGGAAAUGAGUGGCUCAUUAAGGGAAUCACACUUUUCUCGUGGUGUCUGACUUUCAGAUGUGUUUUAAUGUGGUAGGAAAAAGCAAUAGUUAUUAAAGAAUAAGAGACUUUUUUCUCCUAUGAGAGAAGUGACUGGUUGAUUCCAUAGGUGAGACAGUUGCAGGGACUACGGAGAGGGAGGCAGGAGGGAGACGUAAUUCGCUGGAGGGUAAAUUAGAUCUGGCCCUAUGUUUGCUACAUGUAGGACACUCUUCCCUAACCUGAUGCCCUCCAGAUGUUUUGGACAGCACUCAUGAACCCUAGCCAGCACAGUCGAGGAAGACUUGAUUUAUAGAUGCCAUGUUUUCUCUCUGCAGUCUAGAAAAAACUCUAAAUUCAUGCUGAUUUCAGGAUGCCUUUGGUGUGGGGAGAGACAUAAAGGAUUUAUGGGGUGUCUGUUUUGACAGUGGGAGCAUGAAACUUCUUUGUCUCUAACCUGUAUAUUUUUGGAAAAAAUAGAGUGGCACCUUUGGAGUCUG